AUGUCUGAUGCAUAUAUUGCUGAUUGUGUGACUCAAAUUGGCGAAUUACAAGAUUUCCUCACAGCUUAUAAAAAUUGUAAUGUUAAUUUGGUCAAAAUAAUGGAAAGAAUAUGUGACACGCCACUCAUUGAAUUCGACAUUUAUCAUGUAUUUGAAAUACAAGAUCUCAGGAAAAAAAUAAGAGAAAUGGAAGAAACUGCUGUUACAAAAAUAUUAGAAAUGUAUAAAGAAAUUAUAACUUAUGUCAUUAUUGUUUACGAAGGAUUUGAAGCGUACAUAACACAAAUGGCUGAUCACUGGAUAAAAUAUGUGAGAAGAUUUGAUCGAUUACUAGAAGAUGCAUUGCGUUUAGCCAUAAAAGCGACUAUGCAAAAUAUGUACAAAUGUGUACACGGUGAUGGAACUAUGGCUCCAUCUCCGUUGAUCAAAAUGAACUUAUAUUUGACUGGUAAAAAUAUAAUUUAUGACCCAAGUCGUAAUAAUUUAAGCGAAACAUUUACCACGAUUCUUAAAGAAAUUAUUUAUCUGAUUAGUACAAUACCAAGACUAUUUGAAAAAUUUGGAUUACCGGCUGGUGGCCUUAAAAAAUUUAAAGAAGUCAUACAAACAGAUACUGACAGCAAUAAACUGCAAUCAUUAAUCGACUCAGAAAUAGAAUAUAAUCUAACCCUUGUUAAUGAGCAUAUACAAAUGUGGGAUCCAUACUCUCAUAUUUGGAAAAUUGAUAAAGAUGAGUUUAUGGUGAAAUAUCGCGAAGAAAAUCAUACGGCAGCUCAUUUUGAUGAGCUCAUAAUUAAUUAUAGCAACCUUGCUAACACUGUGCAAGUACAGGAAACUAUUAAUCAGAUUCACUUUAUUACCCUUAACUCCAGUGAACUUAAAAAAUCAAUAAUAGCUCAUUGUUUGGUAUGGCAAACCAAAUUAGGGGAAUUACUGCGGAAAAUAACGGAAUCUGAUAUCGACGUGGUAUACGCAUAUGUUGAUAGAAGCAGCACAGAAGCAAUGACUAUGCCAUCUGAUUUAAAAGAACUAGCAUCGGCAAUGGCAACAUAUGAACGACUUGUUUCAGAAAUACCAAAAAUAGAAAAGACAUUUCCACCUAUCUCAGAUAAAAUGAUGACCCUUGGUAAAUUCGAAGUGGAACUUAGCUUGGACAUGAGCACUCGUUAUGAAAACAUUCCUUUAGUUUGGACUGAAUAUCUUGCAAUAUUAGAAGAAGCUAAAAAACAAUUAGAAGCAAAUAAAGAUAAAUUUAAAACGGAACUCUUGGAACAAGCUGAGGAAUUCAAAGAAGCAGCAAAAGAAUUUUGCGAAGAUUUUUAUAAAACCGCACCAUGUAGUUCUGAUGUAACAGGGAAAGAUGCUUUAGCGCAGUUGAAAGCUUUUAGAGAUCAGCUUAAUGCACUUCGAGCUCAAGAACAGCAAAUAAGAGAUGGGCUUGCUGUAUUUAAUUUGACGACUCCUGUGAAUCUCGACUUACAAAAGAUGGAGAAAGAAUUAGAAAAAUUAGAAGAAGUAUGGGAAUUGGUAAAUCAGUGGGAAGAAUCUUGGGAAAAAUAUAAAACUCAAACCUUUUGGGAAAUGGAAACUGAUGAAAUGGAAGAUAAUAUCAUGUAUCUAUUUAGGAAUUUUAACCGACUUUCUCGUCAACUUAAGGAUAAGGGAUGGGAUAUUAUUGAUACAACUCGAGUUAAAGUAGACGCUUUUCGACGAACGUUACCUUUAAUUGGAGACCUAAAGAACCCUUGUAUGAGAGAGCGCCAUUGGGAUAGAAUAAAAACUCUGAUGGCCGUAGAAUUCGAUCAAAACUCUGAAGAUUUUAAGCUAGAAUUGAUAAUGCGACUUAAUUUCCAAGCGUAUGCUGAAGAUAUUGCUGAAAUAUCAAAUGCUGCGACAAUGGAAUUAAAUAUAGAAAAUGGUCUUAAAGCCAUUAGAGAAGUGUGGAAAGCUACAACAUAUGACAUGCAACAUCAUAGAGGAGAGAUGUAUCGAAUUAAAAACGUAGAAGAAGUAAUGCAGUUUCUGGAAGAUCACCAAGUCCAACUUUCUUCUAUGAAAUCAACAAAAUAUGUUGAGCCGUUUAUUAAAGAAGUAGAUUAUUGGGAGAAAUCUUUAGGAUAUGUGGCUGAGUGUAUUGAGAUUUCGUUACAAGUGCAACGACGUUAUUUAUAUCUUGGAAGUAUAUUUAGUGGAGAAGAUAUAAGAAAACAAUUGCCCAAUGAGGUCAAGAUAUUUGAUGCGUUAACUACUGAUUGGACUGAAAUUACUAGCAAUAUGUACGCUGGUACAAAUGCGAUCGAAGCAUGUCUAUAUAAGCCAGCUCCUUAUUUAUUUAAUAAAUUAAAUCAAAUGGUUGAUAAUUUGGACGGUAUAUUGAGGGCAUUAGAGAAGUAUCUUGAAACAAAGCGGCAAUUAUUUCCGAGAUUCUAUUUCAUUUCAAAUGAUGAUCUUUUAGAAAUAUUAGGUAACUCAAAGAAACCGCAACUUAUUCAAGUUCAUUUAAAGAAGUUAUUCGAUAACGUUAAUAAAAUAAGAAUAGACAAGGUAUGUGCAUUUAUUUUAUCU